CUCAGCAGUGCUAGCUAACCGUUCAAAACGAGUCGGAGGUCAUUGCGUGAACAACAUUACACCUACACUCGAAGGCAUAGGCGUCACUACGUUUGGCGGACGGCAACACCAGCGCCAUGUUGAAACACAUUUAAACUUCGCAUUCACUUCCAUCAUUGCGAAUUACUAGUGUGAAAUUCGUUGACGAGACCAGUUGAACCGAUGGAACGCCUUCUAGGAUUGCUUCUAGCAUGUAUUGGAAUCAUCGGGUGUACGAUGUGCUCGGCCAAUGUUAUAAAUGACAGUGAACUAAACAUCUUAUCGAGUGAACUCUCCGACCGAGAUUGCAAGAAAUUGUUGACUGUUCUGUACGAGCGUCGACAGUCAGAGCCCGAGAUGCAUCCCCAUCGCGCUCGGUACACAGGGCGGUGCGCGCUGGAUCUCGAGCAGUGGCUUGACAGCGAGGGAAAGGGCAGUCUACCGCUUACAGAGCUUGACGAAGCCCUGGCUGAAAUCGGCAAACCUGCUCUCGGCCGCCAGAUCUCAAAUGAGGUGUUUUCAGAGAAGACUCACAACCUCCAUAAUUUGUUCGACCCAGACGGUCGUCUUGUUGUCAAAGAUCUGCUCCCCAGACGUCAUCGCUGAGGAGUGAUAGUCCCGAUAAACGGAAAGAUAUGAUGGAUUCCCCUUGAGGGAUCUGUAGAAAGAUUGUUGCAACUGAUAUUAAAAGUAUCAAAGGAGGAGAUCCCGGCAGUGAGUGGUUGGUCUGCAGGAAAAGGAAUCAGCUGCUCUUGGAUAUCCUACGCCCACAAUCCCGAAAUAACAUGUAGAUAUUUUGAACAAGAAGACGAUAUAAAACCCGUAAAUUUGCUUUUAACUAUAAAGUGAAACGCCCAGCCCAACCCAGCCCAGAUCUAGUAUGCAUGUAUACACCAGUAUGCAUUUUAUUGCCGUGCCUCGUCAGUAUUUGUUAGUGAUACUCUUGUAAUAGGUUGAUUAAUUAAACUGCUGGUUCUUCCAAGACAAACUCACCUCUUUCCUUUCGUCAAAUAACAAGUCUUUAUUUGCGAAUCAUUGCUGUUCAGCUCCAGAAACCAUGAGUUUACAUGUACGAAUGAAAACAUUUAAAAGGAUCACCUUCGGUGUACAGCAGUCAAUUAUUUUUAGCAACAAAAAUAUAAACUAUACAUGUGAAAUAUUCACAAAAUUACAAAAAGUUGUUUAUCCAAAUCUUGUCAUCUACGAUUCUCAUUUGCAAACAAAGUCAACAUACAUGUAAACACAAAAAUAUCCAUUUAUUAAUCAGGCUAAAACUAAAACAUACAUUCUGAUUAAGAACCCACUAAGAGAACCUUGUUUUUCAGGGCCUUUCAACCACGGCUUCAAACACCAACACUAGUUGGACUAGUCAAAAUGAACAUGUUUAAUUUCUCUGAUGGAUGCAAACGUCUUGUCAAAUGCAAGUGCACCUUAACAAACCUUAUUUCCCAUCUUUCCCGUUUAAAGGUCAUG